AUGCUUACUACUAAACUUGCAGCGCGAAGGUACCCUCUACAUCGAUGUAGCAAUUCGUAUGCGAGGAGUCUGGCUUCGCUUGCACCGCGCGUGUCGAUCAGCCCUCUCGAUGCAGGCAUAUCACUCGACUACGACCGACAGGUCUUGCAGCUCAAGUCUGUUAGACAUGGCUCCCCGCGCCCGUUGACCUUGACGGAGAAGGUGCUGUACAGUCACCUCUAUACUUCCGCUGAGCACCACUGGUCUCUGGAUGAAAUCAGGCGUGGAGAGACGCUGCUGCACCUCCGCCCAGACAGAGUCGCAUGCCAUGAUGCGACGGCUACUAUGGCAUUGCUACAGUUCAUCAGCGCAGGCCUCCCGAAAGUCCAGAUCCCCACAACAGUGCACAGCGAUCACCUCAUUGUAUCGCGCGACGGCGCCGAGGAGGACCUUGUCCGUGGAAGAGAAGAGCAUCGCGAGGUUUACGCGUUUCUUAGUAGCGCAGCGAAGAAAUACGGAAUCGGCUGGUGGAAACCGGGUGCCGGCAUCAUCCACACCACCAUCUUCGAGAAUUAUGCGUUUCCUGGAGGCCUGAUCAUCGGGACGGACUCGCAUACGCCCAACGCCGGCGGCAUGGGAAUGCUUGGCAUUGGGGUUGGGGGUUCUGAUGCAGUCGAUGCGAUGGCUGGUAUGCCCUGGGAGCUCAUGUGCCCACAGAUCGUAGGUGUCCGACUUACUGGUAGCCUGCAUGGAUGGGCCUCGACAAAAGAUAUCAUCUGCAAACUCGCCGGUAUACUGUCUGUUUCAGGCGGAAAGGGCAAGGUGAUUGAGUUCUUUGGCCCAGGUACGCAGACCUUGGGUGCCACGGCCAUGGCAACAGUCUGCAACAUGUCAGCUGAAAUUGGAUCGACUUCCUGUAUCUUUCCCUACUCCGAGGCCAUGAAUCGGUAUCUCUCGGCGACGAAGCGGAAAGAUAUCGCGCGUCUUACAAACAGCUACAAGGAUAUUCUGCUGACCGCAGAUGAUGGCUCCGAGAAGCACUAUGAUACGGUUAUCGAGAUUGACCUAGACUCUUUAGAGCCACAUGUCAACGGACCCUUCACUCCGGAUCUUUCGCAUCCUCUUUCAGAACUGAAGGAUGCUGUAGCAAAGAACGAUUGGCCUGUCGAAGUCAGUCAUGCCAUGGUAGGCAGCUGCACCAACAGCUCAUACGAAGAUCUAUACAAGACGUCCCAGCUUGUCGAGCAGGCCAAGGCUGCUGGGCUGCCGAAAGUGAAGACACCGUUUCUGGUCUCUCCAGGCAGCGAAGACAUACGCGCGACUGCAGAGGCGGAGGGUAUACUGCAAACAUUGCGCGAGGCAGGUGCUGUUGUGCUGAGCACAACUUGUGGCCCUUGCGUAGGGCAAUGGCAGCGUACAGACGUCGAUGUCAAAGGCCGCGAGAGAAACACCGUGAUUUCCAGUUUCAAUCGCAACUUCGUUGGUCGGCACGACGGCAACCCAGAGACCUGUUCAUUUGUGACUUCUCCAGAGAUGGUGACGGCUUUUGCCUACUCUGGAAGGUUAGAUUUUAAUCCUGUCAUCGACUCUCUUCAAAUCGAAGGGUCAGCGCAGGGGUUCCAGUUUACAGCACCAAAGAAUGUCGAGUUGCCCAUGCAGUUCGUUGUGGGCGAAGAUUUCUACCAAGCUCCAGUUCAUGACGCCGACGAUGUGGCAGUCGACAUUGACCCACAAUCUGAGCGGCUGCAACUACUCGAGCCCUUCAAACCCUGGUCACCCGGCUCGACGAAAGACAUGCCGAUUCUCGUCAAAGUCCAAGGAAAGUGCACGACCGAUCACAUUAGCCCCGCAGGCCCGUGGUACAAGUUCCGUGGUCAUCUUGAGAACAUCAGCAACAACAUGCUUCUUGCAGCUUCGAACGCCUUCCUAGGUUCCGACUCCAAGUUGCUCGGCCACACGGUCCACCCGCUAACCAGCGAAAUCGGACUUGUGCAUGAAGUCGCCCGAGACUUGCGCGAUCAACGUGUAAACUGGUGUAUUGUCGGGGACUUCAACUACGGAGAAGGGUCAUCGCGUGAGCAUGCAGCACUAGAACCGCGUUUCCUCGGUGGUGUCGCGAUCAUAGCGCGCUCUUUUGCCAGGAUACACGAAACCAAUCUGAAGAAGCAGGGCAUGCUGCCUCUGACGUUUGCAAAUACCCAGGACUACGAUCGCAUCCAGUUGGGCGAUCGCAUUACGCUACAAGGUGUUGAAGACGGCGAGCUACGGCCGGGAAGGCAGGCUAGCAUGCGUGUGGUGCGCGCGAAUAAUGCAGAAGAGUGGGUCGCGCCGCUCAACCAUAGUUACAGCAACGGUCAAUUGAAGUGGCUGAGAGCGGGGAGUGCGCUGAACCAUAUCAAACAGACGGUCUUGGGGAGAUGA